AUGAAGCAAUAUGGCAUUCUACCCAUGAAUUGCUACAAUAUGGAUGAGAUUGAAUUUCAAGAGGGUCAAAAAUGUGCAGAAGUGUAUAUUCACAGAUGGAGAGAUUCUUCCACUCUGUGUGAUCUUGUGAGAUAA